GCAGCCAGACAGUUACCCAGAGAGAUGAACUGGAACUAACAGCAUCUUAAAUAAACACGUAACAAGCAGCUGUGCUAAGCUGUCGGAAAACCAAGUGCUUUUUCCACAAAGGAACGAGGGACAGGACUGAUUUUAUAUGCUCGAAUGGAGAGGUACGCUGGAAAACGUGGGUGACUGAAGGUGUCCAUGCAUAUGCCAGCAAACUGACCAGUGUUUAAGGAGCAGGCUCUGUGGUGGCUUUGGAAGUUGAAGGAAAUCCACCUGCUGUGUCGUGCAGUCUGAACUUCCCGGAGAAACGUAACGAUCUCAGAAAAUUAGUAAAGGGCAAAACCCCUCCAGUCCCCUUCCCACCAAUCCCACCCCCUAGUCCUGUGAUGUCAGAGGACAGCACCCUUGAAGAACUGCUGAACAGUGGUUUCCCUGGCGACCAGGGGCCACAGGGGACUGAGCCCGUACCGGAAGGGAGGAGCCCUGCCGUGAUGGAUGGAAGCCCCGCCCAGCAGUCCCCUGCUUUGUCCCUGGAGGCGGGGUCCUGGACCACGUUCUGCGGCGGCUGCGGGGGGCGUGUCUGCGAUCGGGUCAUCCUAUUGGCCGCGGGGCGGGUGUGGCACGGGCCGUGCCUCCGCUGCAGCGUGUGCCAGUGCGAGCUGCAGUCUCACGCCUCGCUGUACUGCCGGGACGGAAAGAUCUACUGCCAGCGCGACUACUGCAGGCUGUUCAGCGUGGGGAGGUGCGCCCGCUGCUCCCAGCCAAUCCCAUCGUCCGCUCUGGUCAUGAGGUCUGGGUCGCUGACCUUUCACCCUCAAUGCUUCUCCUGCCAGGAGUGUGACGUCACUUUGCUCCCGGGAAAUCUGUACUGCGCACGGGGGCGGAGCUUGUACUGCCAAUCACACUACCAGGCAGAAGGGAGGGCAGGCCCGCCCGUCCCCGACCGACUCAGGCAAGCAGACAGAGAAGCUGGAACGGGGGAGGGGGAGGAGUCGGUCAGCAGCCCCGAGCCCCGAUUGGACGAAGGGCCCGCAGGGGGGCGGGCUCGGGGGAGGACCAAGCGAAUCAGGACGUGUUUCCGCAGCGAGCAGCUGAGGGCCAUGGAGUCCUACUUCGCCCUCAAGCACAACCCGGACGGCAAGGACUGGACCUGCCUCUCGCACCGAACAGGUCUCCCGAAACGAGUCCUCCAGGUGUGGUUUCAGAACGCCAGAGCCAAACUUAGACGUUCGCUUCCAGCGGACGAUUCACAGAGCAACUCCCCCGUCGCCCCUCAAACUGACGCCAUGGCGACAAUGCCCGCGUCCAUGGCAACCUCCCAACCGUCGCAGGCUCUCCAGACCAGCACCAUCGACCAACUGGAGCUCUCCCUGCUGACCGCGCCCCUAAGCGUCACGCCUCAGAGUCCCAUUGGCCAGCCCGUUGGAUAUAAAGACUCUUUCCUCCUGGACUACAAUUCCCAGAGUCCACCGAGGCUCUCUCCGUUAAUGACCCUCGACUUUGGGGAGACCAGUGCAGGAAGUGAGGGAGACUGCAACAAGACACCUCACCAAUAUUACUGUUAGUUGCUUUGAUAGUAUUAACCCUGUGUCCAUCCAAUUUAAUCAACAUCAUUCUCGGUUAUCCUAAUAGCAGCUACGAUGUCCUGACCAUUUGGACCAGGCAUUAAAGACCACAGACUUCAUUCGGAUAAUAGUAGAUGCGUGCAGUGAUAGAGGACUGUGGUGAACUGAGCUCUGCUAAGAUAGACAGACAUGUAGGAGCAGAUGUAGGUAGGGAAAUUAUCACUGGUGUGUUACUGUGUCUGUGAGAGUGGAUGCCUUUGUCUGUAAUACCUUUCCUUCACUACAGCUGGAACCAGGCUGGCUCAUUAUACCCCUUUCCCACUGUAGAGCUGGAACCAGGCUGGCUCAUUAUACCCCUUUCCCACUGUAGAGCUGGAACCAGGCUGGCUCAUUAUACCCCUUUCCCACUGUAGAGCUGGAACCAGGCUGGCUCAUUAUACCUCUUUCCCACACUACAGUUGGAACCAGGGUGGCUCAUUAUACCCCUUUCCCACUGUUGAGCUGGAACCAGGCUGGCUCAUUAUACCCCUUUCCCACUGUAGAGCUGAACCAGGCUGGCUCAUUAUACCCUUUUCCCACCAUAGAGCUGGAACCUGACUAGCUUAUUAUACCCCUUAAUUUUGGAACAAGGUAACUCAUUGUGGCCUGGUCCCAGCUCUAAGAAUAAAACUGUGUGUCUCCCUACAGAAAUAGUGCUACAGAACGCCACCCUUUUUAAUUAUUAUGAUUGCAGGACUUUUCCUUAUUUCACAAGGUCACUGUAUUCCUGAUCCUUGCCGCGUAGCUUAGUGAAGUCCCCCCUCGGUGUGUCCACAAGCUUUUAAUAAACACAAUUUACACUGCUGUCUCAUU